AUGAACCCCACCGCUCUUUUACUGGCGGCAGCCGUCGUCGCUGCUCUCCCCGUCGACGUUCUGUCGUGGUUCCCUUCGUUUGACUCCGUCGCCGAUGCCAUUGACUUCGAAAUGCCGGCUUUCCCCUCGUGGGGCCACUCGUCAAAACCCGAGGUCAAUACCCAUGAACUCCAACUGUUAAUCACUGAAGACGCCCUCAGAUACCGAGCCGAACAGUUGUUUAACAUUUCCAAGACGCUGAUCGGCAAGUACGGCCACCCCACUCGGGUGAUUGGCUCGCCAGGUCACUGGAACACCAUCAACUAUAUCUUGAGGGAAUUGAUCAAAUUGGACGGCUACUACACGGUGAGAUCACAAGCGCUUAAUGCCAUUGACGGUAAAGUUAAGCUGGUGUCGUUACUUAUUGAGGGAAGACAGCCUAAGUCGUUAAUUCCUUUCCGGGUGAGUCGAGGCACUGAGGACGGCAGACCCGUCCACGGCAAGUUGGUGUUGGUAAAGAACUAUGGGUGCAACCCUGAAGACUUCCCCAAACACCUGAAGGAUAACAUUGUUUUGAUUGAGCGUGGUGAGUGUCCAUUUGGCGAUAAGCUGUUUAACGCUGGUCAAGCGGGGGCUAAAGGGGCAAUCAUCUUCGAUAAGGAAGCCGUCAAUGGCAGAUUAAACGGCAGAGAAGGCGAGAUUGCCACGGUAUCGAUCCUGAAGGCUGAUGCUCAAUCUUAUAUCAACCGGCUUAUUGAAAACCCUACGGCGGAGAUUGAGACCACUCUCUACGUCGAUGCCUACGUCAAGAACGUUACUACUGUUAACGUGAUUGCUGAGACUAAACAAGGUGACCACAACAACGUGGUGUCACUUGGGGCCCAUCUGGACUCGGUGGAAGAUGGUCCUGGUAUUAAUGAUGACGGCUCAGGUACCAUCUCUCUUUUGGAAGUGGCGAAGCACUUGACUAACUACAAAGUGAACAACGCCGUGCGCUUUGCCUGGUGGGCCGCCGAAGAAGAAGGGCUUGUGGGGUCGACCUAUUAUGCUGAGCACUUGUCGCCCAAAGAGAACGAAAAGAUCAGAUUGUUUAUGGACUAUGACAUGAUGGCGUCGCCUAACUACGAGUACGAAGUGUACGAUGCCAACAACAAGGACCACCCCGCCGGUUCCGGUGACCUCAAGCAAUUGUACAUUGACUGGUAUAAGGAACAGGGUCUCAACUAUACCCUUAUCCCCUUUGAUGGGCGUCUGGACUAUGUUGGUUUCAUUGAAAACGGUAUUCCUGCUGGUGGUAUUGCUACCGGUGCCGAAGGCGUCAAGUCUAAGAAGCUGAAGGAACAAUUCGGUGGGGUUGCUGGUGAAUGGUUUGACAAGUGCUAUCAUCAAUUGUGCGACGACUUGUCUAACCCUAACUACGAGGCGUGGGUGACCAACACUAAGCUCAUUGCCCACUCUGUCGCCACCUACGCUAAGUCGUUGGAAGGGUUCCCCAAGAGAGAAAAGACCAAGUCGCUGGAGUCCAAGUUCUCGAGAAGAGGCCAAUGGAUGUAUGUUUAA